AUGAAAGGAGAUAUGUAAAAGAAUGAGAAAAAAGGAUCCUUGCUUAAUGUACAAAUCAAAUACUUUUAAUUAUUUAAUGAGGAAUAGGAGUUAGUGAGAAUUUGUACUAAUUCUUACAGUUGUGUGAAUUCAGCCUUGAAAUGUGUCCUAAGAGAGAAGGUUUAAAGUUAGCCUUUGAAGUAAUUUUGGAGAAUGUUAUCAAAUAUAAAAUAUAAUCAGAAUUCCAACCCUUGCUAUUAUUAGAAUUUAUAGAAUAUUUAGCAUUUUCCACCUCAAUUUUAAGAAAUUAUCAAGAAGGACGUGGAUAGAACAACUUAGGAUGAGGAGUGUAGAGUAAAAUUGAGCAGUGUCCUGAAUGCAUAUAGUAUUCGUAAUGCCUAAGUUGGGUAUUGCUAAGGAUUUAACUAUAUAGCGUAUUAUUUCCUUUAGCAUUUCAACGAGGAGGAAACCUUUUGGUUUUUAUGCCAUUUAUUUGAGACUAUCCUACCACCAAAUUAUUACAAUCAUUUAUAUGGAGUUUAAUGCGAUGAUUUUAUUAUUAAGGAUCUGAUAGUGUUCUUAAGACCGUAGUUAAUUAGUCAUAUGCAAAAAUUGUAGGUUGAAACAAGCUUAUUUACAAUUUAAUGGUUGGUUUGCUGUUUUACAUUUCACAAUCAAUUGAGCGAGACAAUUAUAGACUUAUUAUUACUUGAUGGAUCUAAAGCAUUGAUAAAAUGUGUUCUGACUUAUCUAAACUUUUUAGAGCCCAUUUUAUUGCAAUGUGAGGAUAUUGGCUCAUUUAUCAUUUCAAUAGAAAACUUUAUUUAGAGUUAUUAAGAUAGAGAACAGUUUGUCAAGGAGUACAACAGACUUUAUAUCAAUAACAAAAUACUGUAAUUUGUCAGAUAGGAUUAUUCAAGAAAAGUAGUCACCAUGAUUUAACAAAGAAGCAAUUAGAUUGCUAAACAGUUGGAUACUUAUUUAUUGGAUUUGAAAUAAAAGAAAUGUAAUUUAGAAUCACCUGUGUGUCAAUAUAUUUUGGAAACUUGGACCAGAAAUAAAAGACAUCUUGAUUUUAUUAUUAUUCAAGAACAAAAUAUAAAAAUCAUUUAAGACUAUGAGCAAACUAAGAAUAGGAAAUCCAUUUUAGAUAAAAAUGAUUAAUUGAUAUUUAGAUAAAAACAUAUAUGUCAAUCAGAUGAUAUCAUAUUAAUUAGAGAAAUCUAGUACUCCGAUGUAUAAGAUGUUGAAUUUGUAAACAUCAAAUAAAUUCAGAAAAAUAAUUAAGUUAGUAAGAGAGCACGUAGUCCCAUUAAAGAAAUCCUUCUAUUUCCAUUGAAAGCAUUUAAUUAGAAAGAGUAGGAAUAGAAAUUAAAGAUGAACCCCUAAAAAUAUAAAAUAGAACCCUAUUAGAUCUAAAGAUCUGUAAAAAGUGUUCAACCCUAACAAUCACCCAACUCUGUUCAAUACAAUAGAGCCAGAUCUCCACAAUAUAGAAGAUCUUAUUAACCUAAGGAUAUGAGCCAUUCAUAGCAUGCUGGAUCCACCCAGAGAACACAGAUUGAAGAACCACCAACGAUUCGAUAAUCAAUAACAAUAUAAUUUUUGGCUGAGCUCUCUAAAAACACUGGAUUAAUUAAUCUGGAAUUUGAAUAUUAAUGA